AGCAUCUUAAUAAUUUUACAAUACAGCUCUAUUAAUCGACUUAUCUAAAGAUUGUAUUUUAAAUGUAAGAACCAUAGACAUGAAUACCAACCCUAAAGAUUAUGUGCAAAACAUGCCGCCAUCUAAUGCUGAAGAUGUAGAACUAAACGAAAAUGGAUCAUAAAUGUGUAUUGUGAAGAUAUUUAAUAUAGUAAUAGUGAUAACAAAUAUUAUUACUGAUAAAUUUAUUGACGAUGUCGAUUAAUACAUUAUGCGCUGCAUUUCGCAAAAUUGCAGUGGGCAGAAUAAGUACUAUUGCUACUGCAAGAUAUUACUCGAUACAACAAUCAAAUUCUGAUAUGAAUGUAAUUUCCCGCUUAACAGCCAAUAGUCAUGGCAUAUUAGACGGUACUAAGUCUGAUGGUAUCAAAUUUAUACCAGGAACACUUAAUAUAGACUUUGGGAUAUGUACAAAUAGAAAUUUAAAAAAUAUUAUUGAAAUGCCUGUAGCAAAGAUUUCUCCAUUGCAAGAGCCUAUAAACCGUUUACCUAUUCAAUAUGAUUUACCUAUAUUAGAAAAGUCUAUAGAUUUACCCACAAAUGGAAAAAUCUUUGAAAAACAAGCGGUACGUUUAAUCGUGAUUAGGCAUAAGAAAAUGAAGAAGCAUAAGCGAAAGAAACUACGUAAAAGGAUGCAUUUUUUAUGGUUAAAAAUAAGAAAUAAACGAAAUCUAAAAAGGGAGAAAUUGUUUCAAGCAGAAUUAAUUGAUAAAAUUAAACAAGCACAAGCAUUUGAUGCUAGGGUAUAUGUUAAAGAGAGACUUGAUAUUUUGAAUAAGGAAAGAAUACCGAGAACUUUCAGAGGCGAGAUUUUACCUGCUGAAAUGAUUAAAAAAUUGAGAGAUGAGAAAAAAGCAAAACUAGAAGCAAAGCGUAACAAACCUCGUUUAACUCUAUAAUUUAUGUAUAAAUAUUCAUAUAACGCAAUAAACUUUA